UUGACUUUAAGUAUUUUUUCAAGACAAAACAAUUAAAAAUAAUCAAAUUUAAUCAGUCAAAUUUUUCUUAAUCCGAUUUUAAUUGGAGGUUUCCUUUUUUUUAACAAUUGUAUGAACAUUGAAAGUGAAAAAAUAUUUUUUUUAAUAAAAUGCAACUAAAAUGAAGGACUAAUUUAAUUAACAAUGUGUUAUUAUAAUUUUGCAAUCGUCAUGAUAGUGCAUUAAGUGUUUACCGUUGAAUUUAUAAUAUUGUUAAAUUAUUAUUAUGACUUUUUUUUGUUGAAAUUGAUGUAGUCAUAAGGUUAUCAAACGAAAUUCUAUAAUUAUAAUUAGUUGACGAGUUUUUUUUUAUAUUUAUGUAUAAAUUGAAAAGGAAUUAAAGUUUCAAUCAUGGAGAAUAAAAGUUCCCACAAUUUCAUAAGUUAUGUAGGUUUAGAAGAACAUGAAAUGGAGAAUCUUGGAUCAAGUCGUCGAAGUUCUUUAAAUGAGAAUAAUAUAAAAUUACUAAAUGGAGAAUCAAUUGCUGCAAGUGCAAAAAAUGUAUUAAUGUUUUCACCAGUUGGCGAUUUUAAAAAAGGCAUUUCUGGAGUUCUAGUUGUUACUAAUUUUAAAUUAACGUUCCUUACCACCGAACAUGCAAACGGAGAAGAUUCUGUGUAUCAACAAAAUAAUCUUUAUGGAUUUAUGGACACUUGCUUGUCAAAUAUAGACGAUAUUUAUUUAAUAACGGGUGAUAAAAAAAGGAGACUCAUUCCUAGAAAUAUUGUCUCUUCAAAAAUUAAAGGAAAAAUAUUUAUUGUUUGCAAGAAUUUUCGAACCUGGUCAUUUUCUUUUAAAUUCUCCUCUCCAGAUCAUGGGCAAAAAGUGGUAAACGCUCUUUUACAUCAUGCAUUCCCAAGCAGACAUCAACUUUUGUUUGCUUAUGAUUACAAAGUAAAGUAUUACUGUAGUGUCGAUAAAAGUGUUCGUUUCUAUCGAGACAAAUCUGAUUGGGAAAAUGAAUUGGAACGAGUUUUACAUAAAAGUAGUCAUUUAAAAAGAGGAUGGAGAUUGUCCACGGCCAAUGAACAAUUUCAAUUGUCAUCUAGUUUACCAGAAUAUAUAAUAGUACCUGCGUCCGUAACAGAUAGUCAACUAACAAAUGCAGCUCAUCAUUUUCAAGACAACCGUCCACCCGUUUGGUCAUGGUCAAAUGAUCGAGGCGCUGCUUUAGUGAAAAUGGCAGAAUUAUCGCCAACAAUCACUGAAAGAAUGCAGGAAAAUAUUAUGCUUGAGAAUAUACGAAAAAGCCAUCCACGUACAAUACAACCAAUUGUCAUUGAACUCAAUAAGGAAAUCAAUGUUAAAUUCAUUGCAAAUAGUUUUUCAAAAUUUGUCGGAUUGUGUUCACCAGAAAACAUCAGGCAAUUCUGGAUUCAGGAUAAUAGUUUUUAUUCGCUUCUAGAAACCACAAAGUGGCUUAAGUACGUUUCGUACUGUUUACAAAAGGCUGUAGAAACUAGUGAUCAUUUAAACGAGGGAGAAUCGGUUAUUUUACAAGAGGCUAGUGGUCGAGAUGUUUGCUGUAUUGUUUCGAGUUUAGCGCAAUUAUUAUUAGAUCCAUUCUUCAGAACCAUAAAUGGUUUUCAGUCUCUUAUACAAAAAGAAUGGAUUGCAGCUGGACAUCCAUUUUGCGAUAGAUUGGGUUAUAUAAUCAAUGAAGAUUCAGAAAAGUCACCCUUGUUUCUUCUUUUCUUGGACUGUGUUUGGCAAUUAUGUCAACAAUUUCCCACGGAAUUUGAAUUUACGGAGACGUAUUUAACAUCACUAUGGGACACCGCACACGUUCCUAUUUUCGAUACUUUUCUGUUCAAUUGCGAAAGAGAUCGAAUUCGUGCAGCUCAAGAUCGAAGCUUCCCUGUGAUUUUACGAAGUGUUUGGGAUUGGCGUGAGCAAUUCAGUGAUCAGGAUAUUCUACUCUUUUGUAAUCCUCUAUUUAAAUAUGAUGGCACAAAAAGGGAAAAUGGCAAAACGAAUAUUAAACCACAUUAUAGUAUUCCAAGUUUAGAACUUUGGUCGCAAUGUUAUUUUCGAUGGAUACCACCAUUGGAAAUUCACAAUGGUGGGAGAAAUCAUGUGGAACUUCAUGCGCGAUUAGUUCAAAAUGAUAUUGCACAAUUGAAAAUUAAUGCCAAUGGCAAUUGUGAAUCUCCAGUUGAAAAAAUAACGUCCUACAUUGUACACAUGAAUAUCGACAGCUUUUAUCCAUUUAGUAAUCGAACUUCUGGAAAUACUGUGAGUACACCAAUAAUGAAUAAUUCGUUACUUAUGAAUGAGAAUUUAUUAGACGCCCAAAGUCUAUUGACAGCCUCCGAUUAAAAUUCAAUUCUCUAUUCAUUGGAGAAAAAUAAUUUAAUAACAAAAUGUGCAAGUUUCUUUUUUUUAGUUGAGAUUUUUCGGUAUUUUUUUUCACCGAUAAUUCUUAAUAAAUGUAGAUUACUUUUUUUUUAUAGUCAAUUUUAUAAGUAUAAUAAUAACCAAAUAUCGAUUUAUUCCAUUUUAAGAA